AUGCCGGCCAUACCAGAUCGGGGCCCUACUCCGCGCGGCCGACGUGAAGAGCCCGAACCCCGUCCUCGCGUCAAGCACUCGAUGCGCAAGAGUCCUUACCUCGUUUCCCUAGUCCUUCUCCUCGCCGCCACUGCCCUCUCCCUCCUCCACAUCUACACGGGCGACCUUGUGCGAGUCAAGAUCCGCUCUCCCGCCCCCGCCUACGAGACAAAGUACGGUCUUUUCCAGCGGUGCACACGUUUGCUCCUCGCAAAGCACCUGCAGCCUGCGCAGCCCCUGCUUGGCCCAGUUGUCGCCACCAACGAAUACAUCGACUGGAGCGCACCCAAGCGCGGACCAUGGGAGUGCGACACCUUCCCCACCCGUUCCGAGUGCGCCAAAUUCGGCGAACGUUUCUGCGUUCUUUGGAGUAGUGCGGGGUACGCCGCGCAGCUCGCACUUGUUCCGUGCUUUUUCGCCCUCGUGUCUCUCCUCUUCAUCUUCCUCCACCGCGGCCAACGCACAGCGCGCGCCUAUGCCCGUAGGAAGCAAUGGAAGCUCGUGUCUGGCGCAAUGCUCGUGCACUGCAUUAUGCAGCUUGCGUCGGUGGGCCUUGUCGUGCACACGUUCUGGACCGACGAGCGCUUUGAGCGCGACGCACGUCUUGCACGCUCAUUCUGGUUUGGCGUGGCGGCUGCCGUCGUCUCGGCCGUCGCAUUCACCUUUUUAACUUUUACAGGCAUGGCUGCGCGCCGUGGCGAGCCAUGGGCUGCUGGGCGCUCGGCAAAGCAGGCACGCAGGCACAAGCGUACCAACUCUGGCCGCGUGGUCACCGUCCCAGAGGGCACACGUAUCCUGCCUAGCCAGGUAGUCACUGUUGGCGAGGUCGUCGCUGCUGCCGAGCAGGACGCUGCCGAGAUUGACGAGCACACGUCCCUCCUCCAGGCUACCAACCUCGGAGCCGCGGGCGGUGGCACGAUGCGCGCGACUGACAUGGCCUGA